AUGUCAGACGAAAUAUCCAAAAAGUUAAAGGCCAUUUCACAGAAAAUCACUGGCAAGCACAGUGGUGAUGAUGAGUCUGGAAUCGAUUCGAGGAAUCCAACGCCGUUUCCGGGUCAGGAGGAUGAAGAUGCCCAUCAGAAAAAGAAGCAGGUGGCGUCCGAUUCAAUUGCCCCUGACGCGGACGCCCCAGAUGCAAGCGCGCCAGAUGCGCAAGAUCCCCUUACACGGUCGAAGCCAAGAACUAAAUCGUUUCUAGAAAGUGAUGGAAUCGACGAACUAAAACCCGCCGCCCGUAAGCAUCGUGUCUCGUCACUUUCCCUUAGUGACCAGUGGAAGCUGCAGGAUUUGCAACCCCUCACCUCACUCGAAAACGCAGGAGGUUCCAGUAUCACCUCGCCACGCUCUUCCCGUCGCCCUUCUGCACCAAGUAUCCGCACGCACAGAACUGUAAUUGAUCAUGAGCGUGUUGCAUCUUACGCGUUUGCGUUUGAUAUCGAUGGUGUUAUUGUGCGUGGGCCAGAAACUAUCCCAGAGGCCCGUGAGGCCCUUCGUAUGCUAAAUGGUGCGAACAAGUAUAACAUUAAAGUUCCUUACAUUUUCAUCACUAACGGUGGAGGGCGUUCUGAAAAAGCUCGUUGUAAAGACCUGUCUCAAAGACUUGGCAUAACCGUCACUGAAGAUCAGGUGAUUCAAGGCCACACACCUAUGAAAGAUCUUGUUCCUGUCUAUAAGAAUGUCUUGGUUGUCGGUGGUGUCUUGGACUCUUGUCGGAAAGUGGCACAGGGCUAUGGUUUCCAACAUGUUUAUAUCCCUAUUGAUAUCAUGAAUUGGAAUCCUAGCGUCACUCCUUAUUAUCAACUAUCCGAAGAGGAGAAGGCAAUUGCAGUUGACGCAGACUUCUCAAAGAUAUCUAUUGAUGCGAUCUUGGUGUUUGCCGACUCUAGAAACUGGGCGGCAGACCAACAGAUUAUCUUGGAACUUUUGUUGUCUAAGAACGGUGUUAUGGGAACAGUUUCCGAAACUGCUGAAGAAGGCCCUGGAUUGUAUUUUGCACACUCUGAUUUCGUGUGGGCCACUGAUUAUGGUUUGUCUCGUUAUGGUAUGGGUGCUCUGCAAGUGUCAAUUGCCGCCCUGUAUCAGGAACAUACCGGUAAAGAAUUACAAGUAACAAGAUUUGGUAAACCUCAACGCGGUACUUUCCGAUUCGCUGAAAAAGUGCUAUCCAAUUGGAGAAAGAAUACUCUUGAAGAACACGUCGAAAAUCUUCAUUUAGAGGAACAUGGAAAUGCGGAUGAAUCUCCAUUCGUUUCCGACUCUGAAGACGAUGAUGAUUCUAGCGAUUCGUCGGUUAGUGAAGAUCUAACAAUUGAAAAAGGUUCCAAGCUACUUUUGGAUCUUCCUCCUGCCUCAACGGUCUACUUUGUAGGCGACACUCCAGAAUCUGACAUAAGAUUUGCAAACUCUCAUGACUCUUCGUGGUUUUCUAUUUUGGUGAAGACUGGUGUAUACCAAGAAGGUACCACGCCCAAAUACAAGCCUAGACAGAUCUGUGAAAAUGUUUUAGAAGCUGUCAAGUUCGCCAUCGAAAGAGAACACAAGAAGGAGCUCGAGGAGUGGAACGCUUCAGCCAUUGACGCUCCAGUGGUUGAAGAAACCUACGUCAAAGAAACCUCUCAUAAAUGA